UGAUUAAAUAUUCACGAGAAAGAUAGAAACAAAUGCACUGUCCUAGUAGGAAAUAGAGGCUGAAAACUAACAAAUACUACUACUAUAAACAACACCUCUCUCCCUUACCCUCUCUUCUGUGCCUUCUCAUAUCUCAACCUUAUUUUUCACUCUCUGUGGUCACCAAUGGAAAUUAAUACAACUACCACUGUACCUGCAGGGCCACUACUAACUGCUUCUACAAAGAACCAUACUUUCAUACACCAUUACCAUCACUUACAUUCAGAAAAUCAUAACCAUAGCCAUGUUGACCAUUUUCCUUUCAAAACCGUUGUCAUAAUCAUCACAGUGGUUACCUUAAUUAUGCUCCUAUUUACCAUUUUUUUGGUUGUAUGUUUGAUCCGUCGCCAAAAAUCUUCCAGCAAAAAUGGGAUUUGCAAAGAUGAAUGUGAGAGUAGAGUGCUUCAUGACACAAGCAGGAGGCACAUGGCUUCAACAAUCUUGUCCUUUGAUUCUAGCCCAGAUGUUAAAGGGGGGUGUCUUUAUGGGGGAAAUUUGAGCAGGACACCAACAACACCUAAAUUUAGAGGAGUGCAAGUUUUCACUUAUAGGGAGCUAGAAGUUGCUACAAAUGGAUUCAAUGAAGCAAAUGUGAUUAGUAAUGGAGGAGUUACUAAUGGUUUGAUGUAUAAGGGAGUCUUAAAUGAUGGAACUUUAGCAGCAAUUAAGUUGCUUCACAGUGAGGGUAAGCAAGGAGAGCGUGCCUUCAGAAUAGAGGUUGAUCUCCUAAGCCAAUUGCGUUCUCCAUAUUUGGUGGAAUUACUUGGCUAUUGUGCUGACCAACACCACAGGUUAUUGAUUUUUGAAUACAUGCCUAAUGGUACACUCCAACAUCACCUACAUUCCCCUAACAAUCAAACACAACCAUUGGAUUGGUGGGCCCGGAUGAGGAUAGCCCUUGAUUGUGCUAGGGCUUUGGAGUUCCUGCAUGAACAUGCUGUUUCACCCGUGAUCCACAGAGACUUCAAGACCUAUAAUGUUCUACUGGAUCAGAAUUUCCGUGCAAAGGUGUCAGAUUUUGGAUUGGCUAAGAUGGGAUCAGAGAAGAGAAAUGGCCAAGUUUCUACCCGUGUUCUUGGGACCACUGGAUAUUUGGCACCAGAGUACGCCUCCACGGGUAAGCUUACUACAAAGUCAGAUGUUUACAGCUACGGUGUAGUUCUUCUGGAAUUGCUAACAGGACGUGUACCAGUUGACAUUAAGCGGCCCACAGGAGAACAUGUCCUCGUGUCUUGGGCUCUUCCAAGGUUGACAAACAGAGAAAAAGUUGUGGAAAUGGUUGACCCAGUUCUACACGGACAGUACUCAAAGAAAGCUUUAGUUCAGGUAGCUGCCAUCGCAGCAAUGUGCAUACAGCCAGAAGCUGAUUACAGACCGCUCAUGACAGAUGUUGUACAAUCAUUGAUACCACUCGUUAGGACCCAUUCUCUUUCCAGUUCCCUAAGAUUUCAGAAACAAAUACCAAGUUAUUAGGUUUGCAUUAUCUUAGAAGUUCUGUUUGAGAAGAGCACAAGCAGCCAAGAAAAUUAAGAUAUGUUGUGAAAAAAUUGCAAUAUCAUACUUGAUGGAAAAUCCUCAAAUUGGCAACUUAGAUAAGCAGAAUUCCUUCACCUCUACUGAAGGAUGAAGAGAGGAGAAAAAAGAGCAAAACAGAGACAAUUCAAAUAAGCCUAAAAGGCCAAUAAGGACAGGAUCAUUUGCAUUGGUUAUAGACGCACUUUAUUCUAGAUGCUUUUUUAUUUUAUUUUUACCAGCGGAAAGACGGACACUUUUUCUAAUGUGUUUGGUUGUAUAUAUAUCUUACUAUUGUAUAAUGUGUUUAAACUACUUUGCUUCUUUCAAUUUUAUAAUAUCUAAACUUAUCCAAA